AUGCCUAGGGGUCAGAAGAGUAAGCUGCGUUCCCGAGCCAAGCGCCAGCAGGCCCGCGAUGAGACCCAGGGCCUCAGGGGUGCUCAGGCCACUGCAGAGGAGGAAGUGGGGUCUCCCUGCUCCUCUCCUCUUGGUGAGGGUGCACUCCCCAGCUCCCCUGCUGCUGGCAUUAGCCAGGUGUCUCAGAGAGCCCCACCCUCUAGCUCUCUUGGUGCAGGUGAUUCCUGCAAAAGCUCUGAAGCAGGUGCCCAGGAGAGAAUGCCAGGCAGCUCCCAGGCAGCAGCCUCUCCUGAGAGCUCAAGCAGAGAUCCUCUCACCAGGAAGUCCAGUCUGUUGGUGCAGUACUUGCUGGAGAAGUAUAAAACAAAAGAGCCCAUUACACAGGCAGAUAUGCUGAAGGUGGUCAACAAGAAGUACAAGGAGUACUUCCCUGAGAUCCUCAGGAGAACCUCCGAGCGUGUGGAGCUGGUCUUUGGCCUAGAGUUGAAGGAAGUGGAUCCCAACAGUCACUCCUACCUCCUUAUCAGCAAGCUGGGGCUCUCCAGUGAAGGAAGUCUGAGUGGCAGUAGGGGCUUGCCCAAGACCGGUCUCCUGAUGACCCUCCUGGGUGUGAUCUUCAUGAAGGGCAACCGUGCCACUGAGGCAGAGAUCUGGGAAUUCCUGAAUGUGUUGGGGAUCUAUGCUGGGAGGAGGCACUUGAUCUUUGGGGAGCCCCGGAAGCUCAUCACCAAAGAUUUAGUGCAGAAAAAGUACCUGGAGUACCGCCAGGUGCCUGGUAGUGACCCUCCCAGCUUUGAAUUCCUGUGGGGUCCCAGAGCCCAUGCAGAAACCAGCAAAAUGAAGGUCCUGGAGGUUUUGGCCAAGAUUAAUGAUACCAACCCUAAUGCCUUCCCUAAUCUGUAUGAGGAGGCUUUGAGAGAUGAGGAGGAGAAAGCAAGAGAGAAAGCU